AUGGGAAAUCUAAAUUGUUCAAAAUGCUGUCAAGGAAUUGAACAAAAGGAAGAAUUCGAUAUGAAACCUUCAGUAAAGCUCUAAUCAGGUUCUCUUACCUUCUUAUAUGAAUACAAAGGAAACUUUGCAGUUUGAAUCCCAGCCAAAAGUUGAAAAAUCCUCAAAGCUUCAAGAACUUUCCGCUAUCAAAAUUCAAUCAAUUUGAAAAUGCUAUCAUUAUAGAAAGCAAUUUAUUCACCUGAAAAAAAUCACACAAUUAAAUUAUAUAUAUUUUUCAACCGAAGAAAUCCACCAAACGCUCUCAUCUGCUUUAUUAUCUGAUAAUCCUGAAGUUAGGCCAAAAUAUACAUAUCCAUCAGGAUCUACAUAUGAGGGAUCAUGACUGGGAGGUUUCAGACAUGGAUAUGGAGUAAUGAAAUGAUAUGAUGGCUGUAGAUAUGAAGGAUACUGGGACUUUAGCUAUGCUUUUGGAGAGGGAAAAUUCACUCAUACAGAUAAUGAUAUUUUUGAGGGGCCUUGGAAAUGCCCUUAUGAAACUGGGCGACAACCUUUUUCUUCCAAUUCUCGAUCAUUUCUAGAAAGCAUCCAAAAGGGCAAAAAAGAUGGGUAUUGUAAGGAAUAAUUAGUGUGACUGUGAUAUAAACAAGAAAUUAUUGAUCAGCAAAACCAUAAGGAAAGAUCAUCAAUUUUUUCACUGAGGCAUAUAAAGAGGACAAAGGAUUUAAUCCGAAAAUAUAACCAAUUACAGGUGCAGCUAGAUUAUCCAAGAGAAAUGCUAAAUAAAUUGAUAGAAGAAUUAAAGUAUAAAAAAUCAAUAAAACUGACAUCAGGUGUGAAAUAUAUUGGGGAUUGAAAAGAUAAUAAAAGGGAUGGAAAAGGAAAAAAUAUCUGGGAAAAUGAAGACAUAUAUGAAGGAGAAUGAAAAAAUGACAUGCAGAAUGGGUGAGGGAAAAAUGUAUGAAUCGAUGGAUCAAUGUAUAUAGGACAGUAUAAAAAUAAUUUAAAGGAAGGGAUCGGAGAAUAUUGCUGGGAAGAUGGAACAUCUUACUUAGGAGAGUGAAAAGAUAACUGUAUUAAUGGUAUCGGCAGAUAUACAUGGGAAGACGGAAGAGAUUAUUUAGGAGAAUGGGUCAAUGGGGCUAUGCAAGGAUUUGGAAUUUUUACAUGAAAAGAUGGGAAAAAAUAUGAAGGAGGUUGACAUAGAGGAAAAAAGCAUGGAGAAGGAUACACAAUUUGACCUGAUGGUAGAGUUUGUAGAGACUUUUGGGAGCAUAAUCGAAAUAUCGAAAAAUUUUGCUAA